GGAAGGGCCGCGGACUCAGCAGCGCAACAGGCGGCGGCCGCCGAGGGGCUGCACCGGCGUGCACCGGCCCGGGAUGGACAAGCUGAAGAAGGUGCUGAGCGGCCAGGACACCGAGGACCGGGGCGGCCUGGCCGAGGUGGUUGAGACGUCUUCAUUAAGCUGGGACACCAGAAUCAAAGGCUUCGUGGCGUGUUUUGUCACGGGAAUCCUCUGCUCGCUGCUGGGUACACUUCUGCUCUGGGUGCCCAGGAAGGGGCUCUACCUUUUUGCAGUGUUUUACACCUUUGGUAACAUCGCAUCGAUUGGGAGCACCGUCUUCCUCAUGGGACCAAUGAAACAGCUGAAGAGGAUGUUCGAGCCCACGCGCUUGAUCGCAACCAUCAUGGUGCUGCUGUGUUUUGCGCUCACCCUGUGUUCCGCCUUUUGGUGGCAUAACAGGGGGCUCGCCCUCAUCUUCUGCAUUCUGCAGUCUUUGGCCCUGACGUGGUACAGCCUUUCCUUCAUACCCUUUGCGAGGGACGCUGUGAAGAAGUGUUUCUCUGCAUGUCUUACAUAGAGCACAGCCAGCUUUGCAACCUUUGGGAGGCGCCGAGGAUGGAGGCAGGCGGGCACUUUUGUAAAUACCUUCUGACCCUCUCGCUCUCAGACAUGUGCCUUUCCUCUUGCCGCAGCGGGUCCGGGUGACCCAAACCGUUUGCUUUUGGAGGCCUCACCGUGUCCCCAGUCCCAACUGUCUUGUAGCACAAUAGGAGGGGUGGGCUCUGUAUCCUCUGGAGAGCCAUCAGCCUUGUCACCCCUUUCCUCGUUGGGUGUGGUUCCCCCGAAUUCUCGAAAAUAAAAACCGCAUUAAGCAGCAGAUAAGCCUCAGGAGCUGGGCAUUGUCAGGUGGCCGCAGGCAGCCUCUUUGGGGACAGCAGAGGUGCAGCAGUGAGGGACAGCGUUUGGGGGCCCACGGGGACUCUGUAGACUUGUCCCUCGGCUUGGAGACCGUCCCCCGUGCCCCAUUUGACGUGGACACGCUUCUUCCCUGGGUCCAGGGACCAAUGACCCGGCCCCCUGGCCGCGGCGCCAGCCCGCAGAGCCAGCUGUGGGGGGCAGGAAGGGCGCUCGGUGACAGGUGGUGGUUUGGGUUUUGAACCUCGGCUCUUGCAGGCUGCGCCCUGGCCGCAGGAUGGAUUCGCAGUGGCGGCGCACACUCUUCUCCUCUUGGGUUUUUCUGUCUCACGUUCCUCGUGAAUUCUGGGAACUAGAGAGAGAACAAAGCAACAGAGAAAAUGCUGCUUUUCCUUUGGGAUAAGAGCCGACAUUAGGUGACAGUUUCUGCUGUUCUCUGCUGUGCUUUUUCUUCCUUGUUUAUCCAUGCUGGGUUAUAUUUUCCGUUCUCUCCUGGCGUGGGGCCAGAGGAGAGAGCGGGGGAGACAG